AUGAUCAUUUUUUUUGUAGAUAAAACUAGUCCUGCUGAUGUUGGGCUCAAGGAGGAUAACUCAGAUGAUGAUCGGAGCCACGGUUUUUUUGGGCCCAAUGCAGAUCAUGAUUUCGACAGGAUAGCUCGAUAUGCUCAAACCAUAAGAUACUUGGAAAUAUUUGAAACUGAAAGCUUUAAUAUGUGCAUAUUCUGCAUGCCAAAGUCAACUGUUAUGGCACUCCAUGAUCAUCCAGGGAUGACUGUCUUGAGCAAGCUUCUUUAUGGCUCCAUGCAUGUGAAGGCCUACGACUGGGUUGAGCCAGCUUGCAUACGAAAAAGUAUGGGACCAGGGUGCCCUCAAGAAAACUUCCCCUUUUCCUUGACAGUUGGAUUGGCAAAAUUGGCAGUGAACAAAGUUAAAACAGCAUCAUGUGGCACCUCUGUCUUGUACCCCAAAUCUGGAGGUAAUAUCCAUUGUUUCACUGCAAUAUCCACAUGUGCAGCGUUCGACAUUCUCACUCCUUCUUACCGAGAAGCUGCUGGCAGGACAUGUACCUUCUACCGUGAAUAUCCUUAUUCCAGCUUCCCAAUGGCAGAUGGAGCAGGCAUAAUUGAUGGAAAGGAAGAAGACUAUGCAUGGCUCGAGGUGAUCCCCAUACCAAAUUCUCUCUGUAUGAAGAAGGGUGAAUAUAAGGGGUUCCCUGUUCAAGUUUAGCGCUCUCUCUCUC